AUGGAUUUCGACAAUGAAUUCGCCGGUAAAACGGUCAUCGUAGGAAAUAAGACAUAUGAACUGGACAAACUUUCACCUGAAGAACGCUUCCGCGUUCGACAUGAAGCCGUUCAUGAAAAACACAAAGGACAUGAAUCUAUGCACAUGGAAAUGGUACUUGUCUUACUUCUUUCGCUUGUUAUUUGCCAAUUUAUAAUCUUAUUCUGGAAAAAUUAUCAUCUCAAAUCUUUUCAAUUUUUCACAAUGAUUGCAAUGUGGUUAAUUCCAUUCGGUUUGUCGAUCAAGUUUCAUUAUUUUCGUUUUAUUGUUAUUUGGAUUUGUUUCACACUUAUCACUACUUAUGUUACUCGACGAGCGACACGACAACCAAUUGAACCAAACACGCCACGAUUAGUUUAUAAAUGGUUCCUCUUGGUUUUCAAAGUUUCUUAUGGUAUGGCGAUCGCUGGAUAUUUUCUGAUUAUGAUGACUUUUCUUGGAAUUAAUAAUCUAUUCUUAAUACCUGCUCAAGGUGCGUUAGAUUUCGGAAUUUUAAUCAUGUUCUAUGGCAUUUAUUAUGGUGUACUCGGGAGAGACAUGGCAGAAUCGUGUACGGAUCGAAUGGCGUCAAAGAUUGGAUACUACUCAGAAAGUGGCUUACCAAAACGAGCAUUAGAAUCGAAUAUGUGUGCGGUUUGUGCUAAUCCAAUAAUAGUACAAAAUAAUGAAGAAGCUCUCAUUGAACGAACAUAUAAAUUACAAUGUGGCCAUACAUUUCAUGAAUUUUGUAUUCGUGGUUGGUGUAUUGUCGGAAAGAAACAAACGUGUCCUUAUUGUAAAGAAAAAGUCGACUUAAAACGAUUAUUUCCCAAUCCUUGGGAGAAACCUCAUGUUUUGUAUGGAAAUCUUCUUGAUUGGGUACGAUAUCUAGUGGCAUGGCAACCAUUGAUAUUAUUACUUGUGCAAGGUGUCAAUUAUGUUCUUGGCCUUGAAUAG